UUUCGAACGCGAAUUCUACCUAAAAUACAAGAAGUGAAGAAACAAAGGCUCAGUACGCUUAAAACCAGUAAAGUGAUAAGAACGGUGAGCAGACGAUCGACAGACAUAGAGAAUUACCCGUAGUCAGCAAAAUCAAAGGUUUAUCAGGCAAGAAGAAAAGAAAGGGAGCAACGAACGCAAAACGAAAAUUAAUAAAAUUUAUAGAAGAUUCAGUAAAAACUGUCGAUCAUUAAAGAAUUCAGCAGCUAAGAUCGAGUAGAGAACAAUGUUACGUGCAGUCUCCAAAUUAGUGUUGAGUCCAUUAACAGGACGUCAAGUGAAAAUGUCUCCUGAUAAUGUGAUUUUUAUAACCGGCUGUGAUUCUGGACUUGGCUUUUCUCUAGCUUUGUUUUGUCAUCGGGCACUAAAUAUGACCGUCAUAUCUGCCUGUCAUAAUAUUGAUUCCGAUGGUGCCAAAAUGUUGCAAAAGUUGAGCGACACAAAACGUAUGCUAACCAUCGAAUUGGACUUAUUAAAGCAGAACACAAUUGCGCAUGCGCAUAAAAUCACAAAUGAACUUUUAACUCAGAAUCGGGAUUAUAAAUUCACGGCGCUGGUGAACAAUGCUGGCGUCAUGUGUUUUGGAGAAUUCGAAUGGCAAACUCAAGAUCAAUUUGAAAUGCAAAUCAAUGUUAAUGUAUUGGGCACUAUGCGAUUAACAAAGGAAAUGCUACCACUGGUGCGGGAACAUCACGGCAGAAUUAUCAAUGUGACCAGUCAUUGUGGUUUACAGGCACUACCUGCGCUCAGUUGUUAUGCAGCCUCAAAAGCAGCAUUACGCUUUUGGAAUGACUCUUUACGAAUCGAAAUGCAACAAUAUGGUGUUGAGGUGGUCAACUUUAUACCAGGCUCUUUCGUUAUGGCCAGUAACAUAUCCGCUAGACAACAACAACACGCAGAACAUAUGUGGGAAGACUUCACAGCCGAACAACGAGUGUUUUAUGGCAGUUAUUUCAAAAAGUUCAAUGAUUACUUAAAAAUACUGUCCGGUUUUAAGGCCCCCAAUCAAGUGCAGGAUGAAGCGUUAUUAUUAAAAUUCCAAGAAGCGCUAACAAAUACAAAUCCAAAGGCUUUAUACAUACAUGAACCAUGGCGUUAUAAACUAUAUCGCGUACUAUUUCGCAUUUGUCCUACACCAAUUGUUGAUUGGCUGACAGUAAACUUUUGUGCUAUGCCAACUUAUGAGCCGCUACCAUCACCAAGUAUCGUCUCGGUAACUACCAAUGGUCACACUAAACAAUGAUUCGUGAUUUUUAAUAACAUAUACAAUAUAUUUUAUAAUAAUAAGUUUAUAUAAGUAUUUUAGUUAGUUACUUAGCUUUAAAAUAAAAUUUGAUAAAUAAUUCGUUAUAAACGCUGUAACUGCGUGCUGCAUAGAUUUAGUGUUUUAAAAACAGCAUCAGAAUUCUUUUUUUUGUUUUAGUGGUUGGGCAAAUGAAUAAAAAAUUAAAUGCCACAUCAA